AUGAUGGAGACCGUGUUGGACCCCUUCUCAGGUUUGGACUCGUUCCCCUAUUUUGAUGAGGAUGACUUCUUCACUGACCGCUGCUCCCGCGAGCACAUGGACACCGAGGACUUUCUGGACGACGACGUUGACUUCCUCGCCAGCCAGAUCCAAGAGUACUACGGGGACGACCGGAUGGCGCACGACGACGAUUAUGGAUGCGACCCGGGUCGAUUUUCAUCCUCCUCUUCCUCCUCAUCACCUUCGUCCUCCGGUGACGGCGGGCUCCAGAUGAAGAGACGCAGGCGCGCCAGGUCCGACCAGGAGAUGCAGCAGCUGCGCCAGGCGGCCAAUGUGCGGGAGCGCCGGCGCAUGCAGUCCAUCAACGAUGCGUUCGAGGGUUUGCGCUCCCACAUCCCCACGCUGCCCUACGAGAAGAGACUCUCUAAAGUGGACACGCUGCGCCUGGCCAUUGGAUAUAUCAACUUCCUAGCCGAGCUUGUGCAAUCCGACGCACCGAUCCGCAAUCCUGGGCAUGAGGCCCUGAACCAACCCAAAAAAGUCAUCAUCUGCCACAGAGUGACCAGAUCCCCGUCUCCUGAUGACCCAGAUUACGGGUUGCCCCCCCUGGCCGGUCACUCCCUGUCCUGGACGGACGAGAAGCAGCUCAGGGAGCAGAACAUAAUCCGCAGGGCGAAAGUUUGGACCCCUGAGGACCCCCGCAAAGUGCACUUCAAAUCCGCCGUCACAAACCUCGAGAACGAACCUCCUCACUUUCAGCUGAUGGCAUAAGAACCGGACUGUGGGAACUUACAACGUGUUUAUAUUCGGAUGUAAAUAUUUGCGCAUAUUAAUAUUAUUAUUAUUGUUGUUAUUAUUAUUGAUUCAGCUCUUCAGUCUGAACCGAACUGCAAUCAUUGUGUCGGGUGUCGUAUUUAAUUGCUGGAAUUAUUUGAUAAUAUAUUAUUUUUCUAAUUUAACGUUGAUUUCACCUCCAACGAGACAGAACCUAUUUUUUAUAAAAAUGAAAUGU